GAAUAAUGGAAUUUGUUCAACGCUAAUUACAAUAAGCAGCGAAAUAAUAUAGAAAUUUUCAGGCGAUGAAAAUUAUAAUGUGAGGGCUUAUUUUGUUUACUUCACUACUCUCCACUUAUUCAAUAGGCUGAGUUAGCCUCACAGUCUCGUCGAUUUAGAACUGUGUACUCUAAAAAAUUUUUAAAGCGUUUUUCAGUUAUUGUCAGCUGAUAAAAUUAGGACUUUUACUCUAUAUGUGAAUUCAACAAAUAUUUCGUUUAUUAAUGGCGAGAUUCAAAGUCUAAUACUGAAUAAACACUGAAAUUAGUAAACACGUUUAGUGUGCGUGAUAAUUGAUUCCACAAUUUGGCUGGAUUUAAUUUAAAAUAAAGUUUAUUCUGUGAAUUGCAAUAUUCAGUGUAAAACCAAUCACACAACCAGUAGUAUUAGGAAGCGAGACAAAAUAUAUUACUGCAAGUUAGCGUAGAAAUGGGUCAAAGUAAAUAAAGAGAGAAAAUUCGUCCAUCACACCACUACUUCCUUCUCAAUGCCUGGAAGGCUGAAGUAAAUGUGAUUUUGCAUCUCAGAAUUAACUUAUUCGAUCAAAGCAGCCAAUAAAACAGCCUAAUUUAGCGAUGUCAUAUCGAACACAAUCUACUGUACAUAAUUAUAUCAAGUUAAUGAUUAAAGUAACUUUCGAACCACGUUUACAUAAUUUCCUUAUUUCGUAUUCUUUGCACUUACUGAUCAUGAUAUUUCCAUAUAUCUGGCAUUAAUAUUUCUUCUUUCAUAUUGCACAUUAUUAGGCGUAGAUUCGAUGAAAAAGGUAUAGUGAUCAACAUCUCACUUAAGCCGCACAAAUAUUUUUAUCACUUGACCUUGGCGGCCUGUUCGAAUUUUUGGGCCUGCUACCAAAAUAUCUACAUUUUGCAUCCAGUUUACUGUUUACCAGCAUACAUUUAUCACUUAAAUAUGAAUUCUAACAGAAUCAUUUACUCUCGUAACUUUAUUAAUGAUUUACGACUAAAUGACUUUCAUAUUCCAAAGAAACCAAGAAGGAAACAUCGUAGUGGUUGGCAGAGAGCUCUCAAACGUACACCAAUACACUUAACUACGGUCCCCGUCAUAAUGAACACAAACUGCGGCUCUCUGCCAAACAAGAUAGUGUACCUACAAUCCUUGAUGUCCACUGGUACUUAUCAUAAUACCGCUAUAAUCACAUUACAAGAAACGUGGUUGCAUGAACUGUAUGAUGAUAAUCUUAUCUCAUUAAAGGACUUUAUUUUAUUUCGUCAAGACCGCCAAUGUUGUAAUAAGAAAAAUGAUGGUGGCGUUACAACUUUUAUUCACUCCAAAUGGUCUGUCUCAAAUAACGUCUGCUUCACCUUCUCAAAUGACUUCAUUGACUGUAUUACUGUCAAAUAUCGCCCCAAACAUCUCCCCAAAUAUAAACAAAUCUAUAUUACAAACAUGUACAUUGCUCCUAGCUGCUCUCCGUCUGAUCUAUCUAAUUUUGCUGAUGAAUUCACCAUGUUUGCUGCUGCCAACUUCGACAACUCUCUAUCCGUUAUUACUGGGGACUUCAACACAUCAGAAUGCUCCUUUCUUGAAGCUCUUGGUCACACAAACAUAGUCAAAUUUCCCACUCGACUUGACAAAACACUCGAUCUAGCUUUUACUAAUGACGAAGGAGUAUAUGAAACACGUAGACGUUCACCGAUACUAAACUCAGAUCCCUGCAUUGUCCGUGUUUUGCCAAAAAUAUACAGCAAAACACAUAUUAAAAUCUUCUCACACCUGUCUACGAAAGCACAAGAAAGAUGCUACACAUCUGACAACUUACUCAAUCUAAGAUGCAUGUUAAAAGAUACCAACUGGGAUCUAUUCUAUGAAAGUACAUUAGAUGACUCAAUCACCAAUAUAAUGGAUUAUCUUAAGUUCUGCCUUGACAUAUGCUGUCCCAAACAAACACUGUUCAAACGCCUCGACCGCUUCUCGUCUCCCCGUCUCAAACAACUUCGCAGGCAAAAAGAAAUGUCAUAUAAAUGCAAAGACAAGUCAGGUCUUAAAAAGUUUAAUGCUCAAAUCAAAUCUGAAAUCAAAAAUCUUAAUGCUAUCUAUAACCAAACACUUUUAUCAUGCAAAUCUCCUAAUAGCAUGUGGAAACUUUUCAAUGAAAUUACUGGCAAAAGUAAGCGAUGUAAUGUUUUUCCCUCUUGUGAUGUUAAUGCUCUUAAUCUGUCUUUUUUACGCUCUCCUUCUACUAUAACCACUUCUAACGUUACUAAUCUUGUAGCUGAUAACUUCCAGGACUUCAAUACUCUCGAUGUUUUGAAAUGUCUUAAAACUCUUAAGCCCUCACAUAGUCUUGGCCCUGAUAGCAUACCUGCAUAUGUUCUUAAACAAUGUGCAGAUGCUUUAUGUUUUCCUCUAACUAAUAUCCUAAAUGCUUCUUUUUCCGAAAACGUUGUACCUGUUCCAUGGAAAGACAUUAAAAUAGUCCCUGUCCCUAAACCUGGAAAUAGCAAGAACGUAAAGUUCAGACCCAUCGCCAUCACUUCCCCGUUUCUAAAGCUCAUGGAAAAACUAGUACUUCUUAAACUCGAACCCUCCCUUAAAAGCUUCGAAGACCCCAAACAAUUUGCCUACAGACAGGGUAGGAGUACUUUAGACGCUGCAGCCGUCUUACACAACAGUAUUGCCUCAUCAUUAGACAAAGGUGCCAAAUAUGUCCGCUGCACGUUUCUUGACUUUACUUCUGCUUUCGACUCCGUACCUAGAAGUCUCUUGCUAAUUAAGCUCUCCAUGACACAAACCGAGUCCUGGGUCACUAACUGGUUGCAUUCCUACUUUUCAAACAGAAUGCAGUACACCGUAUACAAAGGCGAAUCCUCCUCUGCUGUGCUCACAGAAGCUGGUGUCCCCCAAGGUGCUGUACUCUCCCCACUUCUCUUUUCUUUCUUCCUACAUGACCUACCGUCUUCAAAUGACAUUAACUUUGUCAAAUAUGCUGAUGACCUAACUGUAUCUUUACCUGUCAAAUGUCAAAGUGACUGCUCUAAACUAAAUGGCUUCUUAUCGGAAAUUAGCCAAUGGUCCAAGGAAAACGGUCUAACCUUAAACCCCUCCAAAUGCCAAACAGUUAAUUUCACCCUUAGGCAUAAAUCUGACCUAAACAAACUGGUUAGCACUCACGAGGUGUGCAACAUAGAUGGCAGUGAAAUAGAAACCAAAUCGGAAAUUAAAUACCUAGGCGUCACUCUAUCUUCUGAUCUUUCCUGGUCGUCUCAUAUCUUGACGAUUUCCAAGAAAAUAUACCGUCUUACCUUCUACAUCAAGAAGUUAAGACAUUCUGGUGUAACCCAACCCUUACUCCUACAAUUUGUUAACUCCCGUAUUCUGCCUAUUAUUCUCUAUUGCUCCCCCUUAGUCUUUCCUGGGCUAUUGAAGAAAGACUAUACCUUAUUACGUAGGAUGUUAAAGGUUGUCAGCAGGGUAAGCAGUUUGCCACUUAGCCAGCUUGUUAAUAUUCUGGUGGACAGGCAUAUGGACUCCUGUGAAAAAUGGGCGAAAUCCAUUUUAUCUGACUCACAACACCCUCUACAUUCACAACUCUCCCCAUGUAUCUCUUCAGGGAAAACAAGAAGCCUAUAUAGGAAACUAUAUGCCCGCACUAGUAAGUACAAAAACUCAUCCAUACCCUACCUAGCCCGUGUUCUGUGCGAUAAAGAAUGCAUCAGGCAUGAAACCUUUAACUUAUUAAAUAGUCAGUAGAACCUAUGGAUCUCGUCUAUCCAACUCACAUCAUUUAUAGGUACAACGUUUUCUCGCUCUUCAUUCUGUAUUUAUUUUUGUUAUGUGCUGUUUUGUUUCUCUCUUCCUUGCAAACUCUACUUAAAACAUUCUUGUUCGUUCUUUCAGACUCUGUAUAUAUCGACCAUUUUGCUAUCGCUUACACCAGUAAAUAUGCUAGUAGUAUCUACUUUUCUAACACCUUCAAACACUUUAAUUUUGGCUUUGCUACCGACAUACUAAUAUGUUGUUGAGAUAACUUUAAUCUAUGUAGAACUUUAUUUAUUGUUAAUGUAAAAACUGGAUGCAAUAUUGUAGUAAAAUGCUGAGAAUUCCAUUCUGUAUCACAAGUACUGAUUUGGAAUAAAGCUUAUCUUAUGUUAUGUUAUUGCAUUUCAUAACAAGUGUAAGUAACAGACCGGAUAUAAUUAUCCAAGAAGCAAAUUAACAAAUUUACAUACAUGUAAUCAAAUCUCUGUACCUUCAUGGUGCACUUUAAUUUGUGUUCCUAGAAUAUAGCACACGUAUUUGCCAGUUCUCUGAAAUACGUUUCACGCCACUUAUCUCCUUUGUAUUGUAUUUAGCGACUUCAACAGUAAUUCGUGUUUUGUACAAACAAGCACUUUCCAUUUGGCAUGAACAGGAGUUGGUUCAUAUUUCCAGUUUUUUGAAAUAAAAAUCAUGGCUGUGUGCCAUCACUUUCAGUUUCAACUAGGCGCAGCAAUUUCCUCAGAUAUGAAUGAUAUUUUUUAAGAUUUUGAGUCACUGUUGAUUUUCCUAAUCAUCCUUAGCCACUGAAUUCCGAGAAUGAAACGAUUGCAUAAAUAUAUGAAUAAGUCUGUGAAGAAAUGGUGUGGAAUUCAGGUAGACAUUUAAUAAGGAAUGCAAAGUAAUCCAACUUCAGUGAGGAAUUCUCGAAUAAAGUAUAUGCACUUGGUAAUACGAAAAGAAACCUUGUAACAAAAAUGGAUGCUUUUAAAAGCCAAUUAAAUAAAGUGUUAUGCGAUCAUUUACUGCUGGCUAUUUAGGUGAUAAAGCAGUGCGGUGUUAUUCGGGCAUAAUCACUUCAUGUCGCUUACUAUUCUUUGAAAAGUUCUAUCGACUGUGUGUCAUUCGUCAUAUCUGCCACCAUCAUUUCCUUUGUGCCGGUGUAAUGCAGGCAGUGCAUUGCAACGGAUGAUUAUUCUCCCGUAUCUCCUCAGUUCAGUAUUACAUUAGCAACAGAAUACUGUAUGUAUUUGAACAUCGUAUUCGUUGCUUUAGUCAGAAUACCUGUCCCACAUUUCACUAGAUAUCUGAAUAUUCUGUUUCAUGUCGUCUAAUCAAAGUCACACGCCCAGUGAUUAGUUCAAGAAUGUAAACUGCAUAGAUAUGAAUGGCUGUUUUAUCAAUUGAAAAUAUACCUUAACUUCCAUCUCUUGUCUUCUGCUGUUUCACCUUCACUUUCUUGUACUCCACGAUGAUCAGUAGUCACUUAUAACUGGGGAUGAAAUAAACUAGUGAAAUUGUUGACUUCAACGCUGUCGAUAUGCUUGAUCAGUUUUGACGCUGUUAUCCCAAUCACACUCAAAUAAAGGCGAUAUGUCACGACUGACAUUUAUUCUUUGUGAUGUUCUACAUAGCAGAAAUUCAGCUACUACGAUAAUCUUGUUAGCUUCAUUUUGAACAAUGUGCUGACUUAAAUUGAUGAAAUUUUAGCGUUCUCCGUGGAAUACUCUUCCCUCAUCAGUUUUGAUGAAGGCAUAACAGCAAUCUGAAAUUUAAAAAAAAUGAUACGAAUGAGUAACGGUUAUUACUCAAGAACUUAACUGAAGUACAAAUUAGACAACAAAACUUGGUGAAUUCUGAGUUAUUUUCUCAAUGUCAAACGGGGUGACUCAGUGAUAUAAGCAGGCUACUCAGAAGUAGAUUCGUGACAGAUUUCUUCUAUAAAUAAAAAGUUUCUUCUCAUUAGGAAAUUAAUAAAUUAAGGUAAGGCAGAUGGUGAUAACUUUUAAUUGCAUGAGGAUAUUUCUUCUUUUUCAAAUCGUUGGGAAAAAGGCAUUAGAAUAUUUCAGUUAUUUGGUUCUUUUCGGGAGAGAUACGUGUGAAAUGGAAGUGCUUAGACAUCAUUUCAACAAUGGUGUUUAUAAAGGGGGAUGAAAACGUGAGUGAGGGGGAUGAGGUUACAAUAAAAAGAAAGUUAGGAGUCUUGAUACGCUUGUCCUUUUAGUUUUCUAUGGUUUUGUGUUCCCCUCCCAUUAUUUUUAUCAUCUUCAACUACAAAAGAUAGUAAAAAUAAUACAUAUUCUUAUUUUUUGUACAUAAAGGACACCAGUUUACGGACGUCAUCAAUUUGAUAUGAGAUUUGUAUAUGUAUAAUAAGCAUAUUUACAAUUAUUCACUCACAUUGGAUACAUAUAUAUGGUAUGGUAAUGGCAUGAUUUCACUUUGAUGACUUUUUUUUCCUUCACGUUCCCCAGUGGAACAUAAGGCUUCAAGCUAGUGGCUUGAAGUUUUUGUGGCAGUAUUUAUUUUUACAGAAUAAGGUUGCUAGUUUCAUGCCCAACCUUUCCUCUUUACAGCCUUAUUUAUGGCUUAGCGAGGUGAAGGAGUGCGUUGGCCGGAGAUCGAACCCCGGACCAUGUGCAUGGUUGGCGAG